CCAUUGUCACUCAGAGCCUGACCAGCUUCAGCGACACUGCCAAGAAAGGUCUAAGCCAGUCCAAAUGGCACACACCUCAUGUGUGGCAUCUCUAUUUCUUUUUCUGACUCAGCUCAGUAUUGGUCAAAGACAAGUCACAGUGCAAAAGGGACCGCUGUUCCGGACUGAGGGCUACCCGAUCAGCAUUGGUUGCAAUGUCACUGGCUACAAGGGACCAUUCGAGCAGCACUUCCAGUGGUCUAUUUACCUCCCAGACUCCCCGACCAAUGAAAUCCAGAUCAUCAGCACCUCUGACCCUGCCUUCACAUAUGCGCUGUAUGGCCAGCGUGUACGCAGCCAGGACAUCUAUGUGGAGAGGCUCCAGGGCAACUCAGUUUUGCUGCACAUCUCUAAGCUCCAGAUGAAAGAUUCAGGAGAGUAUGAGUGUCACACGCCAAACACUGAUGGCAAAUACUUUGGGAGUUACAGUGCAAAGACUACUCUCAACGUGAUUCCAGAUACCCUCUCUGCUGCCAUGCACUCCCAGACGUUCAGCAAGGAGGAAGGUGAGUCACUAGAACUCACCUGCCAGGCUUCCAAAGCCACAGCCCAGCAUACCCACCUCUCAGUUACCUGGUACCUGAUGCAGGGUACAGAAAGAACUCAAGCCACCGAGAUAAUUUCCCUCUCCAAAGACUUUCAGUUGCUUCCUGGGCCCUUGUAUACAGAGAGAUUUCUGGAUGGUCAUGUGGGACUCAACAAGGUUGACAAGGAAACCUUCAGGCUGUCUAUAGAUCAACUCCAGUCCUCAGAUCAAGGUCGGCUGUUCUGUGAGGCAACUGAAUGGAUCCAGGAUCCGGAUGAAACCUGGGCUCCCAUCACUAAGAAGCAGACAGAUGAGACAACUCUUAGCAUACAGCCUGCAGUGAGAGAUUUUCAAGUCACCAUUAAGACUGAGAGCACAUUUAUGGAAGGGAAGGCCUUGGAACUGCUUUGCCAGGUGGUAGGCAGCAACCAUGACCCACAGCUUCAGGGCACUUGGUUCUUCAAUGGAGCUAAAAUUGCCCGAGUUGGUCCUGGUGGAGUUCUGGACUUGAAGGAAGACUACAGAGAGCGAGCAAGUCAAGGACUGUUCCAGGUUAUGAAGUUAAGCCCCAAGAAUUUAUCACUGAAGAUCUUCUCUGCGGGCCCAGAGGAUGAAGGCAUAUACCGAUGUGAAGUGGCAGAGAUAGCAAGAACUCAGAUGGGCUCCUGGAAAGUGCUUCAGACACAGCAGUCACCAGACAGCCGCAUGUACCUGAGGAAGCCAGCAGCUCGGAGUGUGGCCGUGUACACCAAGGACCAGCUGCAAACAGUGUGGGAAGGAGAACCACUGGCACUGCUCUGCAAAGCAGAUGGAGCUCAGGGUCAGCUGUCUGUGAAGUGGUGGCACAUCCCACAGGACCAGAUACAGAAGAAGUUCGUGGCUGGCAUGGAGAAGGAUGGCACUGUGCAGUGGGGUACCUCCUAUGGGGCCCCCAAUACUUCCAGUAAAGCCAGACUUGAGAAAAUGGACUGGGCCACCUUCCAGUUGGAGCUCAGCUCUGUGGCUGUAACAGAUAGUGGUACAUAUGUGUGCAGAGUGACGGAACAGAUCCGAGACCAGGCCAGUGACCUUGGCUGGUCUCAGAAGGUGACAGUAACCAUCCAGCCUCUGGAGUCAAGUUUACAAGUUAGUCUGAAUAGCCGUCAGCCUCAGGUGAAGCUGACCAACACCUUUGACCUGUCUUGCUUAGUAAAGGCUGAUUACUCAGACCUCAAGAUUCCACUCGAUGUGACAUGGCAGUUCCAGCCAGCCUGGUCUCCAGUCUUUCAUCAGUUCCUUCAGAUCUCCCACAAUGGCAUUAUUGCAUGGGGGGACUCGAUUGCCUGGUUCCAGAAGAAGACAAAGAUUUCACAGUCUCCAUUUUGUUCUCAGCUCCUCAUCCAUGAUACCACCAAGGAGGAGGAAGGAGUCUAUCAGUGCAGAGUAGACAUCUAUGAUAGGGCUUCCCUCCAAACAGGUGGCCGUGCAAGAGCUUCUGCUCUCUCUCACCCCUUGAGAAUAGCUGUCACUUUACCAGACAGCCAGCUAGAAGUGAAUCCAGGCAGUCAAGUCCAAGAGAUCUCCAUCAGCUCUAACACUGACAUAGAAUGCAGAAUCUUGUCCUGGUCCACUGGAAACCUUCAGUUCACCAUUACUUGGUACUUUUCUCCCAUUUCCAUGAAUGCAACCUGGCUGAAGAUCCUGGAAAUGAACCAAAUCAAUGUUGUAAAAUAUGGAGAUGAAUUUCACAGCCCACGGAGAAAACUGAAGUUUCAUACCCAAAGAGUUUCCCAGGACUUGUUUCAGCUACACAUUCUUAAUGUGGAGAACAGUGAUCAGGGCAAGUAUCACUGCGUUGUGGAGGAAUGGCUCUUGUCUGCAAAUGGCUCAUGGAACAAGCUUGGAAGGAAGCAAUCUGGUUUAACAGAAUUGAAACUCAAAGCUACAGGAAGUAAGGUGCGUGUUUCCCAAGUGCACAUGACAGAAAACGCGACAGAGCACACAGAGGUGGUGGUCUGCUGCAGCCUCGAGAGUGCUGGCAGCUCGGCCUCCCUGUUCUCAGUGAGGUGGUUCUGGAAUGGAGCACUGCUAGUGCAUCUGCAGCAUGACGGUGUGCUGGAAUAUGGUGACCAGGGACACCGCAGGCUGAGGCGCAUGCACUGUCACAGGCCAACCCCCACAGACUUUGUCCUGACACUGCAGCAGGUGGAGAUGGAGGAUGCUGGCACGUACUGGUGCAAAGUGGCUGAGUGGCAGCUACACGGAAACCCCAGCAAGUGGGUCAACCAGGCUUCUGAUGAGUCAUGGCACGUGCAGCUCACAGUGCUGCCCGCAGAGCCCACUUUUCCUUCGAGGAUCUGUUCAUCUGCAUCUUUACUCUACUUCCUGGUCAUCUGCCCCUUGGUUCUGUUUGUUCUUCUGCUCAUUUCCCUACUCUGUUUAGCCUGGAAGGCCAGGAGACUUUCCAUGCUGAGCCAAAAUGCACAGAAGAAAGAGGCUCUCUGGGUGCCCAUGACAGGGACUGAAGGCAACACAGUGACCAGGAGGGAAGAAGAAGAGGAAGACAACUGACCCUUAAGAGCAUCUGUCACCCUAGGAUGAGUGGGAACUUUGGAAUUAGACUGACAGGGAUGGGACUGGAUCCUGGUUCCCUUAUCUGAGUCUGUGGUCUUGGGAAAAUUAGCUAGGAACUACUUAGUUACCCUAGGUGUGCUCUCUUGUACCAGCACUGUUAAGUGUUUCUUUGUGUAAUACCUCUUCUAUCGCCUCACACUCACCCAUGCGCCAUCAUCCCACUUCACACCUGCCACACAUUAGAGGGUUUCAGUUUCCCCGUCUUCAAGGAGAAAAGCAUUUCUCCCAUGUAGCUUCUAGGGAUCAACCACGAUUCAAAGGUAAAACCCAAGUUGAGUCUGCCUUCUGUUCCUUGUGAUUUCCUGGAAACACUCAGAGCUUUCCAGUCACUCUGGUGCUAGGUAAUCAUUUUCUUUCUGAUGAGGUGAGUAUCUGAAGUCAACAGGACAGAAAAGAAAAGAAAAGAAAAGAAAAGAAAAGAAAAGAAAAGAAAAGAAAAGAAAAGAAGAGAAAGAAAAAAAAAGAAAAGAAAAAGUUGGGAAUAAACCUUUCCUUUACAUCACAUGGUCCCCCCAAUACAGCAAGACUCUGGCUCCCAGGCAGAAGGCCCAUUUUCUUCCUCUAUCCCAUUUCUAAAUACCACUCAAGAAUGAGUAGGUGCUUAAUUAGUAGUGGGCUUUUUAUACAGUGAGAAAACAUUUGUAACCUUGAGUUUCUUCUCUCUCUCUCUCUCUCUCUCUCUCUCUCUCUGUUAUAAGAUGUAUUAAGUCACAACUAAAGGAAAAAUCUGUUUCAGAUUUUAGGCAACAGUCAGUUCCCCCUUCCCCAACACUGUACAUCUCCCCUUCCCUUCCACUAGGUCCACACCUGGUCCUCAGUCAGCUCCUCUUCCUCCUCCUGCUUCUCCUCUUUCUUAUAGUCUUUCCUUUUAAAAUUUAUUUAUUUAUAAAAUAAAAACUACCAGGGGAUCGGGCAGUAGCAUGGCGGGUUAAGUGCACACAAAGCAAAGUGCAAGAACUGGAGUAAGGAUACUGGUUUGA